GUUAAUUAACCAGAUUGAGAGAGAAGAGAGUGAAAAUAACUAAAAUUACACAAAUGAAAGCAAGGAAAACCAAACAAAUCAAAGCAAUGUUUUGAAAUAAGAAGAGUUUUGGACAUACAGGAUUUCUUGUGGGAGUGGAGGCUUUCAAGGGUUUUUAAACCGAGCCCUCCUCCUUCAUCAUGGUGGACCUGUUUCUAAAUCGAGUCCUGGUAGAAAAUAACUCGGAUCAGGAUGAACUCAAUACAGAGCGGGAGAUCAUUGGGAUCCUGGAGAACCGCAUCAUCUUGCUGUUCUUUGCAUCCAUGGACUGUGAGAAAUGCCACAAGUUUGUGCCGGUCCUCAAUAAUUUUUUUAAAAGACUCAAAGAUCCAGCUUAUAUUGAAUACCCGAAGUUGCUUGCACUCAUAUACGUCAGCUUGGACGAGUCGGAAGAGCAGCAAGAGAGAUUUCUAAAAGAAAUGCACGAGAAGAUGUUAUUUCUCACCUUUGAUGACCCAUACAGAAAGGAACUGCAGAGCAUUUUUAAGGUAAAGGACGUCCCAUCAGUAGUGGUCCUGCGCCCUGAUGGCUCCGUCCUGUCUCCAAACGCGGUCCACGACAUCCACCGUCUCGGCACCAGCUGCUUUCACAGCUGGCAGGAGUCGGCUGAGAUCGUGGAGAGGACAUUCAUGCUCAAUGAGGAGUUCGAUGACCUGAACCUCCGCAGUGCCACUGACCCUGUGAGGAGGCUCAAAUACAAGACGGAGGACGACAAGAGAAGAAAGAGAUGGUGGAAGUUAUGGGGGAAAGAAGAUGGAAGCGGUGAGAAGGAGAAAGAUGAGACGCUGGGUGACAGAAGGAAGGAGCCAGAUAAAGGAACGUGGAGAAAAAGAUGAAAAGAAUAAACCUGUAGACUCAACCAAAUGAUUUAAAAUAAUAUUCCUGUUCCACUGGCCUAAAUGCAAUAAUCUAUUUAUUCUAAUGAGGCUUGUGUUUGUCUUUUUUUCUAAUUAUUACUAGUAAAAUGAUUCAUAUAUAAAUAUAUCAACUCCAUCAGUACUUUGAAGUUAUUUUCCUGUUGUUCACACAAACUCACGUUUUGAAGCCGAUGCCAAGAGUUGUUCAUUUAAAGAGGCUGAAUCAAAGGAUCAUAAUGUGUCGUUGGAAUGUGUGUUUAAAUAAAAUGUUGCCAAAAAUGAAGACACUUUAGAAUCAGAAACAGGUUUUAUCUACAGCUUAAGAUCCAUGUUAUUAAACAAUGUUGUUAAUAAAAAAAAAAUGUUAUGGGAAAUCUCUGUCUGUGCAAAGUUCAUGGGACAAACGAAUGAGGCGUCACCGGUCACGCUCAAACACAGAAUCUUUAACGCACUGUAACUUUUCAACCUGCAGAUUCUGCUGGAAUUAUCGUGUUAACGGUUGCAAAGUUGCAGUAAAUCAAAAAACUUAAACACUGGAGCUCUUUACGUAUUUUUACAAGAAAAGUUCUCUAAAAACUACUGUAAAUCCACUCUACAAGUGUAGAGAACAGUUUGUACCAAUGCUACAGUGCAUUGGGUAGACUUCUAUCAGUCUAUCCAUUCACUAACUUAACCUCACUGCACAUGUAAAGUGGAUGUUGAUCAAAGCGGUCCAGCCUCUCUCUUCUAGACCACUUCUGCAGCUUCC